AUGCGCGGGUGGUGCCGCUUGCGCGUGCGCUACUUCUACCAGCGCCUUCUCUCGUCCGUCUCGCGCGUGCAGGUGCGAUACCCCACAGCAACGCACGGCAUUGCUGCCAGCAGUAGCAGUGACGAGAGACAAACUAUUCCGUUUGAGACCCUCGAAACGCCGUUUGAGGCCCUCGAAACGCCGUUUGAGGCCCUCGAAACGCCGUUUGAGGCCCUCGGAACGCCGUUUGAGGCCCUCGGAACGCCGUUUGAGGCCCUCGAAAUGCUGUUCCCUCGAUAUGCUGAGAGGGGCGUCGCGGAGAGGGGCGGAAAGGAGAGAGGCGCAGAGGAGAGGGGCGGAGAGGAGAGGGGCGAAAUGGAGAGGGGCGGAGAGGAGAGAGGCGGAAAGGAGAGGGGCGGAAAGGAGAGGGUCGGAGAGGAGAGGAGCGGAAAGGAGAGGGGCGGAGAGGAGAGGGGCGUCGCGGAGAGGGGCGGAAAGGAGAGGGAAAAGAGAGGGGCGGAAAGGAGAGGGGCGGAGAGAAGAGGGGCGGAAAGGAGAGGGGAGCAGAGGAGAGGGCGGAGAGGAGAGGGGCGGAAAGGAGAGGGGCGGAAAGGAGAGAGGCGGAGAGGAGAGGAGGGGCGUAGAGGAGAGGGACGGGAGGCGAGGCGGCAUAGGAAUGAGAGGGGUUGGGGGGGCUGGGGAAGAAGUAGCUGGGUUCAGCGCGAUUGCUCCGACCAGCACUCUCCAGUCGCACCCAUCCCUUGCCCCCUUGCCAUGCCCUUCCGUGCACGCAUGCAUGUCAUGCUUGCUGCCACGGCCUUCUCUCCCCUCCGCCACGUUUCUGCAUCCUCCCUUGCGUUGCGAGGGCAGGAGAUGUCAGCGCUGGAGAUGUCGGCGUUGGUGCGCGUGUUCAACGGGUACGGCGAGCGCAGCAGCACCAACCUCACCUACUGGGGGCUGGCGGGGUGUGCGGACAACCGCAGCAUGGAGCUGUACAACGCCGCUACCAUGGGCAUGUCCGACCUCACCACCGGCACUCUCAUCAUGCUCGUGGAGGACGCUGACAGGCCAGUGGUGGAGCGCAUCACAGGGCGCCCCAUCGUGACACUACUGGGCCUGCCAGCCUCGCGCAAGGCGCUGUACAUCGUGAACGUGCUGGGCGGCAUCGACCCUGCCGACCCCAUCCUGCCGUUCACUGACUUCUCCGCCAGCGUGCACCCAUCCGUCCUCCCCUCCUUGCUCCUUGGCACCCCUGGCUCCUCCCCGCCUAUUUUCUUCGGCAAACAUCGAGUGGGCACUGUGAUGAUGGUGCCCAUCCGGCGCCAUCCCGUGCCGCCGGACGCGACAGCAGAGCAGCUGAGGGAGAGUGUGAGCACCGUGUGGGCGGGAUUCUACUUCCUCCAGGAGGAAAUGACGAACCUCCUUGCUCUGCUUCAUAAUGGCACAGGCCCCCCCUACUCGUUGGCCUUGUACGACACCACCGACCCUGCACAGCCCAUUCAAGUGCUCGGCCCGGAGCCCCUGCGAGUGGAGAAUGGGUCGUUCUACCCCUACGUGCUGCCUGGGCCAGUCAUGCCGUACCCCAAGCAUGUCGAGCCCUUUCCCGAAGACCUGCUGGGCCGCAAGUAUGAGGCGCACUGCAGGUUUGAGGGCGCCUACCCCAAGUGGGAGCUCGUGUAUGCGCCCAUGCUGCUGGGCCUGCUCGUGCUGCUCGUGGCCCUGCUGCUGUCUGCUGUCAUUGCGGUGCUGGCAUGGAAGCAGCAGCAGAUGGCAGAGGCGGUGAGCGAGAUACAGCUGUGCACGGCGGCGCUGGAGAAGGCCGAGCGAUCCAAGAGUGAGACGGUGGCCAACACCUCGCAUGAGCUGCGCACCCCAAUCAUCGGCAUGAUCGGCAUGAUAGAGGAGCUGCUGGAGUCACAGUUGGAGGAGUGGCAGGUGGCGGACCUGCGGGUGGCGAGGGCGUGCAUGAUAGAGGAACUGUUGGACUCAUCAUUGGAGGAGUGGCAGGUGGCGGACCUUCAGGUGGCGAGGGCGUGUGCGGGCGAGACAGUGGAGCUCAUCAACCGAGUGUUGGACCUCGCCAAGCUGCAGGCCGGCAGGCUGCAGCUCGAGACUCUCCCGUGCUGCCUGCGCCGCAUCGUUCACGAGGCCACUGCACUCGCUGCCUCGGAUGCGCAAACAAAAGAGUCGCACGUGACAUGCCAUGUGGACGAGAGUGUGCCAGCUGUCCUCAUGGGGGAUCCGACGCGCCUCUCACAAGUCAUUGGGGAGCUCACGGCCCACGCCAUCGGCAACACCACAGGAGGCCACGUGACCUUCCAUGUCUGCUGCAUCCCUCCUCCCCCUCCCCACCCCGCUUCCAUCAACUGUUUCAAUCUGCACGGCCCAUCCACUAGUGCUGCCCCCGUACAUGCGCUGCCAGGCUCACCUGCCUCUCAGCCUCCCUCGUAUCCACCUGGCUAUCCCGCUGCACCUGGGGGCUACUCCGCAUGGCACCAGCUGGCUGCCUGUGUGCGCCGCUUCCCUCCUCCCACCGCCCUCGCGUGCCUCCCUCAGACCCAGGGGGGACGGGCCGGCGGGGGGGGCGAAAGCGGAGCGGGCGACGAGCAGCGGCGGAUGGGGUGUGUCGAGCGGUGCUGCAGGCGUGUAGCAGCGGCAACAGGCAUGGGAGCGGCAGGCAUGGGGACGACAGGCAUGGGGGCCGCAGGCAUGGGGGGGCCAUGUAUUGGGGAUUCCAUAGAAUUAAACGAGAGGGGAGGAGGGGAGGCACUGGGUGGGGCUGAGCGGUUGGAGGAGGAGGUGAGGAAAUGGGUGGAGGAGGCGUGUGCGGCGAGGGAGGAGGGCGAGUGGAUGGUGGUGGUGGCAUGUGAGGAUAUGGGUGGUGGAAUACCACCCGAGGAGAUGCGGUGGGUGCUGGAUCCACAUGGAGACUCCCACCAUGCCGCUCACACCUCUCAUGCACUGCCUGCUUCUGCUGCUGCUGAUGGUGAUGCAGGGCAGUUUCUUUCCCUUCCCUCUCAUGCGCCGCACCAGCAGGCCACCAUCCACAGCCACCGCUCUCACGCACGAGCAGAAGGCAGCUGCUCGCCCACGCUGGACGCCCUGUGA